UAAGCUAAUUCGUUUGUUUACGAGUCAAAUGUGAUUUGUGAAAUCAUCUGUAGUGUGUUGCUAUCCUUUCGUUUUGUACCAUCUGUAAGAACUUUCUUUUAUUUAGGAGAGAUGUAUUUUUGAGGAAAGUAUUCAACAAUGAUAAAUCAACCAUCUUCAGAGGCACUUAAUGCUGCUACUUACGUGGAAAAUUAUUUAGAUUCCGUUGAAAAUUUUCCAAAUGAAGUGCAAAGGCUUGUGUCUAGAAUUAGGGAAUUACAUGUUUGUUUUAUAGCUAAAGUCAAGGAAGCUAAACAUUGGAAAAAACAGGCAGAUGAAAAUCCAAAACAAAAACAAAAAUGUUAUCUUAGAAUGCAAAUAGCUCUGAGUGCAGCUCAAGAAAUAGGUGACGAAAAGAUGUCCGUGGUUCAAACCAUGAAUGACAAGAUUGAGCUGAGGUGUCGAUCUUUGAACAUGGAUUUAAGAAAUUUGGAUGUUACCAGAGAGGAUCAAAGUUCAAAUGAAAAUAGAGAUGUUCCACUACCAACUUCUUCCAGUAGUAUGACUAAUUCAGCCCCAUUAGUGGAAAGAUCCAAUAAAAGGUCACGUCGAGGGGGAAGGAAUGAUACUUAUACUGAAAAUAACCAGGUAGAGCCUAUGGUUGAAACGCCAUCAAAAAGUCAGAUUCAGUCUGUACCAAAUUCAUCUCAAAGAAAGACAAAUACUGGGAAAAAGAAGAAAAGGAAGUCUAGGCAAAAUACUCAGACUCAGAGGGAAGAUCAUUCUUCCAAAGAAGAAGAACCUAUUAUUGAUCCUGAUGAACCAACUUAUUGUUUAUGCGAUCAAAUUUCUUAUGGUGAAAUGAUUAUGUGCGACAAUGAUCUUUGCCCUAUAGAGUGGUUCCAUUUUUCAUGUGUGUCUCUCACAACAAAACCCAAAGGAAAAUGGUAUUGCCCUAAGUGUCGUGGUGAUCGGCCCAAUGUUAUGAAACCUAAGGCACAGUUCCUUAGGGAGUUAGAAAAGUACAACAAGGAGAAAGAAGAGAAAACAUAACUCCUCUGAGGAACCGUUGUCGAAGUGUUCUUUGUUUUAAUAUAUUUGUCAGUUUAUUGUUAAGAAUAGUUUAGCAGGUAAUAUUUUAAAUUUUUUACUAUGCAAUUUUUUAUUGUAUAAUAAAAAAGUGUUUUUAUUCGUC